AUGACCCCCAUCCGGUCUCUUUCAUCAUGUGAAAGUACACCUCAGCCACCUGCUGCGACUGCCAGCAUGUCCCCAACUCGGUUCUCCCCCGAACCAAUGGGUCCGAUUAUAGGUGAGUCUGGAGACUCAGACCGUGCGAGUUCGCGAUUCAUUGCAACACCCGUCUUUUCCGAAGAUGGAUGCCCCUCGGAAAAUCCGCCCCAGGCCAUGCCAUCAGUGCCUAUGGAGGAUAGCCCUAAGGUUUCUUUUGAGAAUUUGGCCAAGUGCUAUCGCCAGAAUCAGCAGAAACAAGCCCGUCGGAAAAGUUUGGAACAACGUCUUCAUGCCACCAAAGUGUCUAUGGGGGUUUCUGCGCGACUGGUCCGCGUGGGCGCUGCGGUUCAGCGCGGCUUGGUUGAUCGAUUGAGAUAUGACGACAAGGUCAAUUUCAUUUCACUCUACCAUACCCUAAUUGAUCUCCAGGAAUCCUGUGAUUCUGCCUGUCGACGCCACUUCCACCGGCAGGACCCGUUGGAAGAUUGGCCAUCAUCUCCCGAGUCCACAGUGGACCGGACCCCGGACUUUUUCCUCCAGUUGAGUCCCCAGUCCAGGGCUGACCUUAUUGAAAUCCUGCAAUUGGUCCGCACCGACCCCCAGUUUCUGUUUGAACGAUUGUGCGGCUUGACCCCGGCCCAGCUGGGCGCUUUGGUAUCAUCUUCGGCCCUUUCGUGGGAUGCCGGUGAUCUCACAUCCCCCCCAACUCUCCGAUCCCGGCACUAUCCUUCGUUUUCUAAGCGCGGUCCUCCCACUUCCGUCCUUGUUAAGGAUCAUGUCCUCGCCUUCGAGAGAACGGACGCUGUAUCUACCAUGUUGUUUAAUGCUUUUGCGGCCCCCCUGGACUCGGAUGCCCCUGAAGCUAAAUUGCGCCUGGACGUGUGGUCUUCUGUUUGCGCAAAGCUCAUUGCGGAUGGCAGCAGUAGGUUCCAUCCUCUUCUAAGCCACAUCUUGGCCGCCUGGUCCAUGGGUAGUGAUUGGAAAGCUAAGCCCAAAUUCGAGCUCUACCUCAUGGAUAUCCUUCAAACUGGUGCAUUUCUCUUGGAACAUGUAGAUACCCCACCCGGUCUGAACUUUGACGCCGAGCCUCCAGACCCAUUGAGAACGGACGUAGCCGAGGAAUUCUUUGCCUCUGCGGUUGAUUCUUUGUUCCGGAUAUUGGAUGAUCCAGAUGGAGGACUUCCCGUUUCAGUGAUGGAACUGAGCAGUGCCAUAUUGCAAAAAUUAGAUCGUCAGGACUGCCGUGAUCGUUUUUUGGAGUUCCUAUUUAUUCAGUGGUACUUUUCUAAAUUCCUAUACGGCGCACUAACCUUCCCUGAGGCCCACGGACUUUUGCUUGACUUUCAUAUCAGGAAAGAUGCACGAGAGAAACUCCUCGGACAAGUUGGACUUCAGGCUUACUCUCAGGUCUACGCCAUCCUACGCUCAAUGACUCAUUUCUCUAUGGCUCGUCCCAUGGUCCGGCAGCAUGUUGAGAACAUGCUUUCCCGGUUUCAAAACGCGGCCUAUGGAAGACAGAUCAAUAUCCCAUGCUCAACUUACGGUGGAGGACGCGAGUCACCUGCUGUCUUCCUGAUGCUUUCGGCCACUGAUGUUCUCAGUUUAUUGAAUGCCCUUUUCCCUAGGACAUGCUCUCCAGUGUGCAACUCACCAACACCGUCUUCUGGAAUGUCUGGGUCUUUCAGGUCUCUCAGGUCUCUACAGUCACUUUCGGAGAGGCAGGGAGCUCCAAUAGCUGAGCCGGGGUUUUUCAAACCCUUUGUUGACAAACACUCUAGGCGGCCUUCCAUCAGAGGCCUCUUCUCAACUGACAUGGAUUUCUUGUCACUUCCGGAGAGUUCCUUAGCUCGUAAUGCCGAUCGGAUUCGCUUUGAACUAUCCGAUUUGGGCGAACCCUAUGGUCGCUCAAAUCUGGAGCCACCAUCCGCUGAAGAAUGGACCGUGUUUUCAGUUGCUCAGAAUGGACGACGUCUAUUAUGGAGCCUGUUCUCGGACGAUCAAUCCAGUUACCCAGAGCAUGCAUCCGAGGAUGAGGUCCAGGCCACUACCUUAGGUCUAGAAGAUAACUUCGAAGCUCUUCAGACGGCCAUUGUGAAACUGAUCCAGGAGAAUCCCGCCGAAGACCACCAUGAAAUCAGCUUUCAGGCUCACAAUACUUUGCAAACAGACAGCAUAACCCUUAAACAAAGAUUUGAUCGAGCCAUGGCAUAUUGUCAUCAUGCCUCGGAUUUUAUCGGUGCUCAUUAUUGGUGGAACGCUGGCAGACAGCUUCGUCGAAGUGCCGCCAACUCUUCAACUCGACUUGCCGAUGACUCGUGGAUCCUUGAACCUAUGUAUACUUCAAGCAUCCGUGCCUUCCAGACCUCAAGUUCUGUCAUCGAACGCUGCGAAGGUGACUUUGUCGCCCUCGAUCGCCAUAUGCAGCGACUGCAACGGACGGUUAAGGACACAAUGGCCACUGUGUCAAAACUGCGAGACAAGAUGUGGUACAUGACCGACGUAAAGAACUCUAAGAGGUACGAGGAAGCUAAACAUGUCGCGCUGGCAUUGAAGACUAUGGUGUACUCCGCUCGCCUAUACAAGCAUGCACCUAAUGAGGGUCGAUCCCGUGGUACUGGAAGAUCAUUUGGAGGUUCUCUACUUCAAAAGCCAGAGCUACAGGUCAUGGAUGUCAUGAAGGCCCCAAGGAACUAUGGGAGCCCGAAUAAGCUCUCUGACGAACAGGUGGACUUACUUCGAAAAUGGUUAUCCCAUAACAACAUCGAAAAUUUCUGCAAAGGUGAGGAACGUAUUCACCGGUUUUGUUACGAGGUCAAAUCAAGUAUCAAUCGACUAGUCGGAGAGACUAUGGCGGAAACGCCUGUGCUCUGGGCCAGCGAACUAUACUAUAGAGAGCGAGCUAAGUACGAAAGCUCCAGCAACCGAAGUUUCCAUGGUCUUUCUUCCAGUCUACGGCCCUUUAGUAUCGGCAGUGAUGAAACUAGCAAUCCGUUGCACUCAUAUGCCAACAGCACCCGUCCAUCCGACUCACUCUCCAGAUACUCGCAAGAACUCCCUCCAUUGAAUACGAAAACCUCUUUCCAGAGUUUGGUCUCUGACAAAUGGCGAGUUCCUCGAGACCUGUCUAUCCCUGAUACUUCUUCUAUCGUGGGCUCUCCAGGAAGGGCCGCGUCAACUUGCACAGGAGAUUCUUGCAGCACGUUCUGGUCUGCACCACACCAGCAGUAUGCCCCGAGCGCAUCCAGCCUAUACUCUAGGCCCCCAUCACUUCUAAGUGAUACGCCAAGCCAACAACCCCGACGAAAUGACCGUAAAGCUCUUGGAAAAGCAGCUUUUCUAGAUGGACUACGACAAACCCUUACAAGCCUGCUCUUAAGCGAUCUGGGUUCCCCGGUAUGGAGCUGUGGGAGUGAGACUGAUGCCUGGUUUGGCAAUGCUCUAGACCAGAACAGAAUUCAAACGCAAAUGAAGAAACGGUCUCAAAUCCAGCGGUUCUAUGCGGAGUAUGACGAACGGUUAGUCCGCCACGCUAUCCAUCAUGCCCCAUUGAGUACCCGGAGAAGCAAAUCACUCGGGCCUUUAGAGCGAGAGGAACCCCAGACUCCCGCAGCCUUACCUUCCUCUUCGACUGAUGCUGAUGCAAGCAUCGAUGUUGAAUCCCCAUUCUCAUACAAAACUGUGUUCUGUCGUUUAACAGAGGUCUUCUCACGUCAUGGAAACCCGUUUGCCAAACUGAAGGCAUUGCGAGAUCUGCGUGCGUUGGUUAUUGCAUCACUGAACUCGGCUAAUGAUGAUAAAUCUCUCUUCCCUCUUGUUGAAGAGUCACCUUGCCAAAGACGCAAUUCUAGUUUUCAAAGGAAGCGAGCAGCUCGCCACAGCUUCUCAGAUCCCCAGGCAACUCGUGUCCUUGGCAAAGGCUUCUUCCAUACUACAACAUCUCCUACCGAUGAGUCCGUUAUUUUCGACACCCGGCCUUCUGACUACCUAGGCCCCACGGAAAGUCAAAUCGUGGAAGCCCUGCGCGGUAUAAUCCUCGAGGUGAAACCAAAGACUCUUUUCCGCGAUUUGCAGUUUAUAUCGGCAUUUGUCCCAGGAGAGACGUUGAACAAGUCCGACAGUGGGACAGCGUUCCUACAGUUUGGUUUGGCUGCACUAAGCUUAAAGGACGAAAUUUGCAACAGCAUGGUUGAGAUUGCCGACAACAUUGUUUCCCAGGAGCUCAGCCGGCGUCAUCCACCCCAAGGGUAUCAGUAUGAUAUGCACGCAAGGCCGGGUCAUGCCAUUGAGGAUGCUGCCGGAAUGUGGAUUAUUACCGCGAAGGAAGGAAACCCAGUUGCUCAGCGGGAGCUGGCAAUUCUCUAUCUCACCCACCCGGAACUUCUCCCCCGUGUUACUCUCCCCCUCACGUUUUUGCGGGAUACAUUCAAGGAAGAGACCUUACUCCGUCGCGAUAAGGAUCCCAAGUCUGACCCGCAGAGCAUGUGUCUGGCCCUGCACUGGAUGCAGUUGUCGGCUAAUGGAGGAGACGAACUUGCGCGGAACAGGCUUCGCGAACUGGAAGAAUUUGACUCCAUCGCAUAA